CAUCGUUGGAUCAUCCGGACUCCAUCACAGUCAGAGCUCGGAUCACAGAGUUCACACUACCGGGCCGGAGAGCAGAGGAACAUUUCGGAUUAUGAGCCCGGUCCACUAUGAAAACCCGCAGCAUUAGGCACAAAUAAUACAAGAAAAGCCCGCAGCUGUCACACCUUCAACGCGUCGAGAUGAACGGGACUGCAGCUGCCACGGGUGGAUCGGCUUCUUGCCGCUUCGCCCACUAUUUUGUCGUGUGUGGAGUGGAUACUGAGACGGGCCUGGAGCCAGACGAUGGAGCGGGUGAGAGCUUCGAGCAGAGCCCCAUUCGACGGUCCUUCAAGUCAAAGGUUCUGGUCCACUACCCGGAGAACACGGAUAGGAUCCCCUUCAACAAGGACGCAGUCAACAUGCUCUGCCUGCCCAGAGGUCUGUCCUUUCGCACACAGGCAGACAGCCUGGAACCACAGUUUCACUCCUUCACCAUCGCCUCUGAUGAUGGAACACGCUCCUACGGCUUUGUUCACACCUUCUACGAGGAGGUGACUAGUCCUCAGAUUAUCACAGCCAUGCAGACUCUCUAUCAGAUGCACCACGUGGAGCACCACUCCUCUUCAUCAGCCUCCUCACCUUCUUCCUCCACAUGCUCCUCCGCUUCCACGCCCUCCACCUCCAGCAUGGACUCACUUGCCAGCAGCUUGGAGGAGUCGGAUGCAGAGUCUUUGACAUCUGGAGUUUCUGGCUGUCUGGGCUGUGUGGGCUCCUUCGAUGCAGCGCGUGACACCCUGUACGUGUCCAAAGCCCUCUGCCUCUUCACGCCGCUUCCUUUCCUGCAAGCUUCUCGACAGUUUCUGGCUCAGCUUCACCAGGCUGUGACAUCCCAGACAGCUCCACCUCUCCCUCUGGAGAGCUACGUCUACAACAUCCUGUAUGAGGUGCCCUUGCCUCCACCUGGACGCUCACUGAGGUUCCAUGGGGUGCAGGGGCCCAUUGUAUGCCAGCGGCCUGGGCCGGGGGAGCUUCCCCUGGGGGAUUAUCCUCUGGGAGAGGCUUUCUCUCUCCUGGGUGUGAACAACAUGGUUAAACUACUUACCUGUGCACUGCUGGAGACACAAGUCCUGCUGUACUCUAAAGACUACCAGCGUUUGAUGAUGGUGGCAGAAGGCAUCACCACUUUGCUGUUCCCAUUUCAGUGGCAGCACAUCUACCUGCCCAUCAUUUCUACACCACUGCAUCACCUCCUCGAUGCUCCAGUGCCUUUCCUGAUGGGCAUCCAGCGCAGAGACGGAGCUCAACGAUCCUCCCUCCACCUUCCACAUGAGGCCAAUCUGUGUUUUGUGGACAUUGACAACUACUGCGUGGAAGCCCCAGAGGACCUCCCUCUGUUCCCAAAUCAGACAGAGCUCAUUCAGGAACUGAGUGAGGUGCUGAUGAAUUUUGGACUUCCUCCACGGGGAGGAAUGGCAGCGAAGACCACCACGAGCUCCACAUCAGCCUCCCCACGCCUGAGCAGCUUGGUGCUGGAGGACCUGAUGGAAGAUAGGAGGAACGGGAACCUCGGGGGAGAUGAGCUGGCGGUGCUGGAGAGGCUUCAGGCUCUGGCAAGGAGAUGUGGAGGAGGAAAGGUGUCAGAGGGAGGAAAGACUCUGGGACACGUGUUUGAGGAGGAGGAAGAGGAGUUGAAGGCUGCAAAGUUAAAUAUCCAGCUGAGGGAGGUGUUUGCUGUUCGUUUCGCCGCCAUCUUUGGUAGAUAUGAGGACUUUAUUGUGAACAGCGCUAUGGAUUUGGACUCAUGGUUGAGCAAUAGAGAUGGCACAUGCAGCUUUGACAAGGGUUCUUUCCUCUCAGUUCAGCCAGCGACCCACUUGCACUUCUUGUCCCAAUUCCUGGAGACCUCCAUGUUUUCGUCCUUUGUUGAUGGGAAGGUUAUAUCCCGCUGGGUGGACAGGGAGCCACUGAACAGGCUGUUUGACAGCCGCAUGGAGCGAGAGCGACUGUACGACAUAAGCGAUGAGGAGUCCCGGAACCGUCCUUACAGAAAAUGCACCACCCUCUUUGAGUCAGCACAGGCCAUCGAGCGUAGGCUGCUGAAGACCGACCACACGGCCAUACACCCCCACCUGCUGGACAUGAGGAUCGGACAGGGUAGACAUCACCCGGGAUACUUCCCUAAGCUGCAGGCCGACGUGCUUGCACAGGCACACAACACACACAAGUAUUCCAGUCGCAUCACAGCUUCACGUAGGACUGAACCCAGAAGGACGACUGUUGCUGAUCACUCUGGAAUGGACAGUGAACCCAAACAGAAAUACACCUUUACAAGGAGAAUCAUCAGACAGUCGAAACUCCUCGACCUGUCGCCUCAAGCAGUCUCUCAGACUCACAGAGAGUUUGUCGAUGGGCUUUUGAGCGAGUGCCGUCUGAAGACUAAGCGGAUGCUGAUGGAGAGGAUGGGGAAAGAGUGCGUGGAGCUGGGUCAAGGAGAAGCCAACAUCACUGGCCUUCAGGAAAACACCCUCAUCCACGGUCUGUGCGAUCUGCUGGAGAGGACCUGGGGCCAUGGCCUGCAGAUCAAACAGGCAAAGUCUGCGAUUUGGUCCCAUCUGCUUCACUACCAGGCUGCUCAGGAGAAGAUGGAAGCACCAGCCGAUGUACCAGGAUCUAACUGUUUGGACCAAAGGCUGUCUGAUGAGGGAACUUUGCUCACAAGAGGAUCGUUAAUUCAGGACAUGAGAUUUAUCCAAACCAUGAGAGACGAUCUGUCUGAGGUUGGCCAGGCCAGAGCUUGGAUCCAUCUGGCUCUGGAGAAGAAAAUGCUGUCCCAACACCUCAAAGAGCUGCUGACAAACCAGGAGCUGCUCAGGCAGCUGUAUAAACCUCAUGCAUUCCUGCUCUGCGAGGAAGAGAGAGAACAGUUUCUGUACCACCUGCUCUCCCUGAACACUGUGGACUACCUCUGUUUUACACGCAUCUUCACCUCCGUCAGUAUUCCGUACCGUGUUGUUAUAAUUCCCAUGAAGAAACUGAGCAUAGCGAUGGCAACGGUUAACCCCUGGGUGUGUGUGUCAGGAGAGCUGGGGGAUUCAGGAGUUAGACAGAUCCCAAAGAAUGCACAGGAAAUCUUUUUCCAGUGCAAGAACCUGGGGCGGCUGAGCACCCUGCAGCUGGGAGUGCAGGAGAACUCGGGUUUGCUGGCCAAGUGUUUGAUCGACUGUGUGGUGGUGUACAACGAGAUCACAGGACACACCUACAAGUUUCCCUGUGGCCGAUGGCUGGGGAAAGGCGUUGGUGAUGGCAGCCUGGAGAGAGUCCUCAUCGGUCAGCUGGUGUCUCCUGGAGCCGAGGAGGAAGCUGGAAGGUGGUCGGGAACUCCUCCGGAGCUGGCGUCUCCGUCUCAGAGUGUCCGAACAGUGCUGGGAUCGCUUGGAGGCCGAGGCAGAAUGCACUCUGCUGAGGUACAGGAGGACCUGAGGGAGGCGGCCAACAACCUUGUUAAACAUUUCCACAAACCUGAGCAGGAGAGGGGGAACCUGACGGUCUUGUUAUGUGGCGAAGGAGGUCUGGUGCUCGCUUUGGAGAAGUUCCUCCUCCAUGGGUUCAGAUCCAACCGUCUUUUCCAGAGGAACGUGUUUGUUUGGGAUUUUGUGGAAAAAGCAAUGGUUUCUUUGGAAACAAAUGAUCAGAUGGGUGAUCUGCAUGGCUCAACACCACCGGAGGGUCCAUCUUGUGACUCGCUGUGCCGAUACGUCAACGCCAUCAAUACUUCCCCCAGGAACAUCGGAAAAGAGGGAAAGUUCCAGCUGUUUGUCUGCCUGGGAAUAAGGGACCGGCUCCUGUCCCAGUGGUUCCCCCUGCUGGCAGAAUGUCCCCUGACAGCUCGGACGUACGAGGAUGGAGCUCUGCUGCGUGACCGGGCUGCGCUGCACUCCCUCUGUCGCAUCCUGCACACCCUGAACGACUUCAGCAUCACCCUGGAGGCUGCACUAGUUAAAGGGGUUGAUCUCUGACCCUGACACGGAAGCACACGCACCGUAACCAGCUUAAAACUGCGGGAUGAGCUGCAAUCAGACUCUUACAAAAUGUAAAUCCAUAAUCAAAGUUGUCAGAUGAAGAUGCAGACUUCUCCAGCACCAAACAUAUCGCUUUGUCCACUGUUGUAAAUGUCUUAUCUGCUCCAGGAAAUAGUCCUGUGUUUGUCAACACUGUGAAAUCCCUUCAGGAGAAAAGAUUAACCCAAACAUGCAGAAGAUAUCUGCUUACAAGAUCCAUCCUAUAAAAUACUUUAGAACUACUGUAACUUUUCACUGCUGUGUUGCUUGCACUUAAAAUUUAAACAUGCAUGGCCAGAAUCUUUUUGUUUCAUUACUUUAGAUGUUGUAAUCUGCGGAGUCAUUGCUCAGGCCUUAUUAACCCUCUUUUGUUUGAUAUCUCAGUAAAUAUUGUCGAGAAAAGCAAUGUUUUCCUUAUAUAAUUAUAAUGUUUCAUAAAGCUCUUGUAAAGGUGUCAUGUCUGGCCUGUUUCUUGUUGUUCUUUUGUUUCAGUUUGGGGUCACAUGCUGAGCAGUCUUGCUUAUGAAAAACCCAGUUUGAUCCAAGCUGGUGUCCUAAUUUGUCACUUCUAGUCCAGGAAUCCGUUUCACUGAUCUCUCCCUCUCUUGUUGUAAAUAUUUUGCUUCAUCAGAUCUCUCUUAGAGUUGCUCCAUCCAUUUCAUAUCAACUGUUUCCAUUUUUAAAUAUACAGUAAAAUGUUUUCAGCAUCUAUAAGUCCUUCAAUAGACUCACUUUCUCAUGUGGAUGAUGGACAUGUUUAAUUGUCUUAUAGAAUUAUCAGAGCACAGGUUCGUAAAAAUGUAAAGAUAUUAUGUUAAUGUUGCAUUUAACUUAACAGUUAAAAACAUGUAAAAAUGCUGUCUUCUGCAAUAUACUGCAAGCACCAUGUACCCCACUAUGAUCAAGUCUCUGUUGUUUAAAUACAGAUUAGAAAGAGCAAUAAUAAGUUAUUCAUGGUUUGUGCUGUUGAAAAAUUAAAGUUAUUGACACAGCUGA